CGAACCUCCCUUCACACGUACACCAUCUUCCAGUGUGUGUGGGUCUCCAUAAGUCGCUCCGUCUGCUUGGUGAAGUGCACCUUCUGCAGCGCCUAGGUCAGCGUCGUUGUUCCCCCCUCCCUCCUUACGAAGAGUCAUCAGGAUGUCGCUGCAGCGUCAAGUGAUGGUUAAGAUGAUGGGCAAGAGGGAGCCCGAACAGGAGAAGGAAGCAUUGGAAUGGAUCUUCACAGUACUGGGAGAACCCGUCCCUCAUGGGGAUUUCGGAGACAUUCUGCGGGACGGCCAGGUGUUGUGUCGACUGUUACCAGGAAAGCCAGGAAAUGCUUCCCUUCCCCCUGUGAAGGAAAACAAGAGAGAGUUCUCUGAAGAGGUGCUGGCCGCCUCCAAGACGGUCAUCGGACUGCAGGCUGGGUCAAACAAGGGUGCCACAGCCUCGGGUCAGAAUGUCGGAGCCCAGCGUAGGGUCAAUCAUCGGCAAGUAAGCCUCGAGCAGCGCCACCGUCGGGAAGAAUGCCUCCUUCGCCACCUCUGACAAACCCAGCCACUGUUUCAACCAUCUUUAACUCCAUCGGAACCACAAACUUAGUCACAUUUCUCCCUUGCAGUUUGUGCCUUGAUUUGAUAUGACUCACUACUUUUCCCAUUCUCGUAAAACGUUAAAAAAUCGUGUAAACAUAGACGGAACUAAGAUUUCAGCCAGAGUUCCGAUAUAGUAGUAAGUUGUAUAUAUUCAAGAGUAAGAACGUAUUCACUCUAGCGAGAAAAUUUCGACGAUUGGUGAAUAUAGUUGUCUCAUACAUCACACUUAAUUUCUUAUAUUAAAUAGCCUCUUAGGAAGUAUUUUUGUUACAACUAAUGAUAACGUUGUCGAAAUACAAUCCAAAGGCGAUACAGAUAAGAUUCAGAACACGAGUAUGAGAGGAUCCUGGACACAAACACUGGCUGGAUCAUUGCUUCAUCUCCCGCACCAGACUUGUUCACUUGAACAGACUAAAAUAUCAGUUGAAAAGUUGCCUUUGGUUAAAAAAAAAAGUUUACCCUGUUUUUUUUCGUCAGGAAAUUUAAGUAUGAUAUGACUUAUUAAUAAAGAAAAUGGGUAGUAAAAAUGUUGGUAGUUAUGGUUCGGUACAAUGCGUGAUGCUGUUGCUGCUGCUUCCCUAUUGAAAUAUUGAAAUAUAACUAUUGUAAUCUCGGAUCAACAUUACAAAAUCGACCUCAGUUAAGCUUUAAGCAUCACAGUCACAAAAAAAACUUGUACUGAGAGAGAGAAAAUCUGUAAACACAAAUGAAUCAAUCUCUCUCUCUUCAUAGUUUUUGUUUUUUAACUGUCAGCGGCGUGAUACUCCACUUAGAAAAUAUAUUCUGUGAUCCAUGAUUUAUGUGGCAUCUGGCCCUUUAAUAAAUUAAUCAAAGGC